CUUUUUUCCUCUAUUCUUUAUACAUCAAAAAAAAAAUGGGUUUAUUAAAUAUGCUUAGUGGGAUCCCUAUAAAAUAUCUCUCGCUUAUUAUCCUUGUGGUUCAAAACAGUGCACUCAUCUUGGUCAUGCGUUAUACCCGAGCUAAUGUAGAAGAAGACAAGUUAUAUUUAGCAUCUACAGCAGUUGUCAUGAGUGAAGUUAUCAAGUCAACCGUGUGUCUCGGCGUACUUUACCUUUCUCCGGAGUCUCGUAAACGUUCACUUAAAAGACUUUUCUCACUGUUAAAUCGUGAGCUUAUAUUAAACUGGAGGGAAUCAGCAAAACUUGCAUUUCCUGCUGCAUUAUAUCUUGUUCAGAAUAACUUACAAUACGUGGCAGCUUCGAACCUGGACGCAGCUACAUUUCAAGUGACUUAUCAACUAAAGAUCUUGACUACUGCCUUCUUCAGUGUCUUGAUCCUUAAAAGAAACAUCUCAAAAUUAAAAUGGAUGGCAUUGGCUAUUUUGACGAUUGGUAUUGCGCUGGUUGUAUUACCAAAGGGAGCCUCUACGGCAUUUAUCACAUAUAUCACAGGAAAUACAAUCACAGACACAACAGUCGAAACAUCAAGUGGCGGUAAUCAAUCAAACUUGCAUGGAUUUAUUGCAGUUUUAACCGCCUGUUUCUUAUCCGGUUUGGCAGGUGUUUAUUUCGAAAAAAUUCUCAAGGCACCAGCAUCGACUCAUAAACCUGUUCCUACUUCUGAAGAAGAUGCCGACGAGACUAAAAAGAUGCAAGAGGAGGAUAUGGAUGAUGAAUUGGCUGCUAGUAAUCAGAUCUGGAUUAGAAACAUUCAAAUGUCAUUCUUUUCUGUUGUUUUAGGACUUGUCUUUGUUGUUAUGCUUCAAGAUGGUGUAACAAUCGUAGAAAGAGGUUUUUUUGUGAAUUACAAUGCUUUGACUUGGACUGUAAUUGGUAUUCAAGCCCUCGGUGGAUUGAUUGUGGCUCUGGUAGUUAAGUACGCCGAUAAUAUCUUGAAGGGCUUUGCAACAAGUAUUAGUAUUAUUUUGUCUUCUAUAAUUAGCGUGUGGCUUUUCAACUUUACUUUUUCGGCCCCAUUUUUACUGGGCGCAGCACUCGUUAUAUACGCAACUUACUUGUACGGUUUAUAAAAAAGAAAUCAAAUAACAAACAAUAACAUUCAUACCCCCACCCCACCUCUUAUUUUCGUCCUUUUGUCCUUUUGAUACAGGGUGUUUCGAAAUUAUUUACGCACUUUUUGAAAAUAAAAAACAAGCACUAACUAAAAAUAAU